AUGCACACCCCUCCUAACAUGCCUCCUCUUCCUCACAUGGUGCACGAGCUCUCCAGCCCUGUAUGUGUCUCUGCUGCUGCGCAGGCAUCCUGGUGGCAGGAAGCAAACACUCCCAAUAAAAACAAACCCCUCUGCUCUGAUCCAUCCUUCCUUCGGCAGCAGCAGACGCAGCUGGGGAGCAGCUGGCUCCAGCCCCAGUGCAGAGCCUGGAGCCCCCCAGAGCCCCUAAAGAGCAGCUCCUCACCCCAGGACUCAGCUGUCCUGCAGAGGAAGCUCUUUCCCAGGUGUGUGUUGUUGGUGCUGAUGCUUCACAUUCAGCAAAGCUGGAGCUUGCCAAGGAGCUGUGCUCAGCUUUACCCUCCAGGGCAGCAGGCUGCACCGAAACUCGGUGUUGACCCAAACCUCCUCUGUCCCAGCUCCCCCCGAGCAGCCUGUGGUGUGAGCUGCUUUGUCCCAGCAAGCUCCCGUCCCAGCCUGGAGGGCUGGAGCAGUCCGGGAUCGGGAUCGCCGUCGCUCGGGAGCACUGGAAGAGCACUUGGGCACCCCGAGGUUCGCCCUGCCUGCUCCUCUGAGCCACCCGCCCGGGUCGGGCUGGCACAAGGGGAACCUGGCCCACCGGGGUCCUUCCUGCCCGAUUGCGGAGCUAAGCCACGAGAUGUCGCCCGUUCGUGGCGUGGGUGCCAGUCCCAAGGCGACAAGGGGGCCCUGCCUCGAUGUGCAGAGUGGAGCAGUGCCAAGGUGGGGUCCGCGCCCUGCGGGCUGCGCUGCGCGGGGCUGCAGCACCCUCGUGUGGCUGCCGGCACCCUGCGGGGGCUCUGCUCGGCCCCUGUCCCUCCUCUGCUGCUCCCUGGGGCGUGGGCUGAGGAGGAGGCUGACGACCACUCCUGUGCCCGUCAGCACUGGUGCAGAGGAUGCUCCGCAUCACUCCUGGCGGUGCUGGGGCUGCCCGCAAGAGCCCUUCCUCCUCGGCUUCGUAACCCCCACCGCAAGGGAACUUUCGCCCCCCCCCCCUUCCCACGUUGUCGCCGAUUGUCGCCGCCCCGGCAGGCAGCCACCAUCCAGCUUCUCCAGAGCUGCUCUGCCACCUCCUGCUGCUUCUUCUGGGCACUUGGGCAGAAGCAGCAGUGAGCAGAGCGGCAGCUGCCGGGAGGAGAUGCUCCUUCCGAACGGCACAGCCUGCGGUGACCAGGGCAGCCCCGGGACAGCUCAGCUGCUGGCAGAGGACUGGUGGGAGGUGUCCCUGCCCCUGCGGUG